AUGGUGAGUGGAUUAGUAAUAUGGCGGAUUUGGUUUGGUGUGAUCACUUCAAUCCUCGUGUGUUCUGUACAGGCUCGAUAUAUCUAUGAUCAACUGCUCAAUGGCAAAUCGACAUUUGUUGAUGAGAACGCACUGGAUCGUUUUUUAAUGAAUAUGGAUCGAUUGAACCUGAUCCAGAGCAAGAUCUUUGGGAUCGAUCAUGUGAGUUGGUUUCGGGAUCAACACUUUUGUAUUAGUCACAGAUGGUCAGGAUCAGAUCAAGAGAGGGAAGUUAGAGAUCAACUGAAAAUGAAAGAAGAGGGAGACGAGUUGAGUGGACGUCGUGCGGUGAGAACGGUAUUCUCGGAUUUGCGGUACAGAUGGAAGUCGUUUCCGAUACAUUACGUAUUUAGUGUUUUGUCGAAUUAUAAAUUGAUCAGUGAUAAGCAAGUGAUCAUUUCAGUUGAUCGAGAUGUGAUCGAGGCGAGCAUCAAGCACUGGGAGGAGAGUACGUGCGUGACUUUCAAGGAAACGACGAAUUACUCGCAACAGCAUUCGUUGAUAGAAUUCAUCAAAGGGUUUGGAUGCUAUUCGAACAUUGGCCGAUAUCCGUACGGCGUGCAGCAGAUCUCGAUCGGGUUUGGAUGUGAAACAGUCGGAAUUGUGGCGCAUGAAAUUGGUCAUGCGUUAGGAUUUUUUCAUGAGCAGUCGAGGUACGAUCGUGACGAUUACGUGCGUAUUUUGGGCAGAAAUAUUGAAAGCGGGUUCGCCAGCCAAUUCAGUAAGCACUCAUCGAAAUACAUCGAAACUUAUGGAGUGCCGUAUGAUUUUGGCUCGGCAAUGCAUUAUGACCAACGGGCAUUCUCGAAGUCGAAUCUGAACACGAUCGAGACGGUCGAUCCGAAUUAUCAGAAUACGAUUGGACAACGUAGUCGAUUGUCGUUUAGCGAUGUGAAGAAGAUUAAUGCGGCCUAUUGCAGCGAUGUAUGCGCGCAAAAAUUGGCGUGUCAGUUCGGUGGCUAUACGGAUCCGAAAAACUGCUCCAGUUGUCGAUGUACGGACGGUCUAUCGGCUCCACUCUGCGCCGAUCCAGUUAGAACCUCGAAAGAUUGCGGUCAGCUGAAGCGACAGGCCACCGCCCGCUUUCAGGAGAUUUCGACGAGCGGCUCGGGUGAAUGUAACUACUUGAUUACGGCACCUUCCCGACGUGCUCAAAUCCUCAUCGAGUUCGUUGGCGCGCUCAGAUUUCCCCGCCAGAUACCGUGUCGUUUCCAGUUCGUCGAGAUACGCUAUGAGCACGAUUUGAGCACAACAGGAGCUAGGUAA